AUGGACAAGAUUUGGACUAAAAUCACAAAUAAGGUGGAUCCAAAGUGCAUGAAGGGGGCAAUUGCUUUUGCGGACAUGGCUAAAGGUUGCAUUGAUAGUGAAGGUCGUACACACUGUCCAUGUAAAACAUGUCUAAAUAUUAGGAAGCAUGCACCUGAUGUAGUUUGUAAUCACAUCAUACAUCAUGGCUUUCAACAGUCAUACAAAAUAUGGACAUUUCACGGGGAAAGUCGCCAAGCAAAUGAAAAAAACAACGCGCAUGAUGAAAGUGAUAAUGAAUCAGAUGAUGGUGUCGAUGCUUUACUUGGUGAUGCGUUUCAUGUGGGAGCUGAAACUAAAGGAGUAGAUGACAGCGAUGAGACCGAGUCUUCUAAUCGAUCUAGUAAUCCAAAUGUAGACAAGUUAUUCGCUGAUAUGGAGAAACCUUUAUUUCCAGGAUGUGAAAAUUUCUCUGUACUAGGAUUUAUAUUACGAUUGAUGCAUGUAAAGGCAACAUGUAAAAUGACAAAUGUGUCCAUGGAUAUGAUACUAAAGUUAUUGAGUGAGGCAUUCAAGGACACAAUAAUACGUAAAACCCACUAUGAGGCAAAAAAGUAUUUGCGUACUCUUGGACUUGGAUACGAAUCAAUACAUGCUUGUAAGAAUGAUUGUGCAUUGUUUUGGAAGGAAAAUUCGGAAUUACAAUCAUGUCCUGUUUGUGGUGCUAGUCGUUGGGUAGACGAUAGAAUGCAUAAAAAGAAGAUACCAACCAAAGUCUUGCGUUACUUUCCCAUCACAAGUAGACUUAAGCGACUAUAUGCCUCUAGGUAUACUGCAAAGGACAUGCAGUGGCACGCUUACAACAAGUCUAAAGAAGAUGGAGUUCUUAGAUAUCCAGCAGACGGAAAAGCAUGGAAGCACUUUAAUACAAUCUACCCUGAUUUUGCCAAAGAACCUAGAAAUGUACGCCUAGGUCUUGCAAGCGAUGAUUUCAACCCUUUUGGGACGAUGAGUACUUCAUAUAUUAUGUGGCCUGUGGUGCUUAUAUUGUACAAUCUGCCUACUUGGAAGUCAUUGAUUGAUGCUUUAUUUAUGAUGGCUUUGUUGAUUCCUGGGAAAGAUUCACCAGGAAAGGAUAUGGAUGUAUAUUUACGUCCACUGGUAGAUGAGUUGAAAGUUCUAUGGGAGAAGGGUAUUGAAACAUAUGAUUCUGAAUCAGGACGUACAUUCAACAUGCGUGCAACACUUAUGUGGACAAUAAAUGAUUUUCCUGCGUAUGGUUACUUGUCUGGAUGGAGCACAAGUGGGUACAUGGCUUGCCCAACAUGCAACAAAGAUGCAUCUAGUAUUCGUAUAAGAAAGAAAAUAACAUACGUAGGUCAUAGGAGAUUUCUUCCCCUGAUCAUCCUUGGAGGAAUGCACGAGAUUUUAAUGGGAAAAAAGAGUCUAGGAUUGCACCCAAACAUAUCAGUGGAGAAGAUUGCUUGCGCCAAUUAG